AUGACGGAGCUGAGGCCAAAGAGUGGACAACACAACAAGGCCUUUGCGCCUGAGGAGGAGGUGUACAUCGACGUGGAUUCAGAAGAUGCAGAAGACGUUGACAAAACGACAUACAGACACAAAUACAGUUUUCUGCUGCUGAAGAAAAUGGAGUCCUUCGAAGGCUUUUUCGUACAACACAGAGCGACAUUCCGGCUGGUUAUGAAAAUAUUCAUCGCAACAUCUUGGGUUGCCACGGUGAUUGCAGCCUGCGUGCUGAACUUCCAUCGGGCCAUGGUGCUGUUGGUCCUCUCCUUGGUGGUUCUCCUCUUCCUGCUUUGGGAUUGGAUGAUGGGGCGCUAUGGCGACCGGGCGAUGGAGGCACUUCUUCCUGUCAGAGAGCUCGUCAGCAGACACUUGUUCAGGAUCCGAUGGGUGAUGCACGCGUGUGUGGCGGUGGCCAUCGCGUGUUGGCUGGCAGUGGACACGGCCAAGCGAGGACCGAGACAACUUGUGUCCUUUUCGGGUCUGCUGGUCCUCAUCUUGCUCAUGUUGCUCUUCUCCAAGCAUCCCUUCAGGUGGUCCUGGCAAGCGUUGUUUUGUGGACUUGGACUACAGUUUGUCUUUGGACUGCUCAUUCUAAGGACCUCGCUGGGGUUAAAAGCAUUGGAAUGGCUCGGCAAACAAGUAGAAAUUUUCAUGUCCUACUCAGACGUCGGCGCUCGCUUCAUCUUCGGAGAAAGUUACCAGGACCACUUCUUUAUUUUCAAAGUAAUGCCUGUGCUUAUUUUCCUGAGCUCCGUCAUCUCCAUGCUCUACCACCUGGGCUUCAUGCAGUGGUUGGUUUGCAAGAUUGGAUUCCUAAUGCAGGUUACCAUGGGAACAUCUCCAGCGGAAUCAAUGGCUGCAGCUGGAAAUAUCUUCUUGGGCCAGGCUGAAACUCUUCUUUUAAUCCGGCCGUACGUCAGCGAGCUCACGUUCUCCGAGAUCCACGCCAUUCUGACGGCAGGCUUUGCCUUUGCCGGCAUGGCCGGCACCAUUUUGGCGGUCUACAUCUCCUUUGGGGUGGAAGCGACACACCUGUUGACCGCCUCGUUGAUGUCAGGUCCGGCCUCGCUGGCCGUCGCCAAAGUGUUCUGGCCUGAAACCGAGACCCCCAGCCUGAACUCGAGUCGCGACAUCAACAUCGAAGAGGGGAGCAUUAACCUCCUGGAGGCUGCCUCCCGAGGAGCCACCUUUGCUGUGGGCCUGGCGGUCAACGUGGUGGUCAACCUCAUGGUCUUCCUGGCACUGCUGGCCUUUGUUGACGCCGCCCUCUCCUGGCUGGGAGCCAUAUUUGACUACCCGCAGCUCAGCUUCUCGCUCCUCUGCUCUUACGUCUUCAUGCCUCUGUCCUUCCUCAUGGGCGUUUCCUGGGAGGACAGCUUCAUCGUGGCCGAGCUGAUCGGCACUAAAACCUUUCUGAACGAGUUUGUGGCCUACCAGCAGUUGUCCGUGCUCAUCAAUAGGCGGAAGGCCGGGGGCCCGGAGUAUGUGAACGACGUGAAGCAGUAUAUUUCCGUUCACUCAGAAACCAUCGCCACAUACGCUCUGUGCGGCUUCUCCAACAUCGCCUCUCUGGGAUCGUCGAUCGCCGCCUUGUCUUCGAUGGCUCCAGAGAGGCAAAAUGACAUCUCCACUUGUGGCGUGCGAGCUUUGAUUGCAGGCAGCGUUUCCUGUUUCAUGACGGCGUGUGUCGCAGGUGUGUUGUACAUCCCCAAACUGGACUGCCCGCACUUCCUCGGCCGCGUCUUCAACAGUACUAACGUGACACUCGAUAACCAACUACUCAGCUGUUGCACGCAACUCUACAACAGCAUGACACUACAUGGGCCAUGGAACUUUACUUUGAAGGAGGAGUUCCCCGUGAGCAGUGUGCAAGGGUGCUGCACUGUCACACCAUCCUUACGCAUCAACUGCAGCUGGCUGCUUUGACAACUAUUUUAUUAUACACUUGAGAUUCUACUCUCACGCAAAUAGUUAUAUCUGUGCGUGAGUGGUUUUUUUUAACGUGAAUUACAGAUCUCUUUUACCGCAGUGUGACUGUCAUGUCUGUGUAAUCAUGUUUUGUUUUAGUCAUGUUUUGUUUAGUUAUUGGCCUCUUUAGUUUCUGGCUUUUCACUCCCUUGUCUUGUUUCCAUGAUUACCCAUUAGUUUCACCUGUUCCACAUUUGGACUCAUUGUGCACUCUUGUUUGUCACCAUAGCAACCCAUUAGUUUUCACCUGUCACGUCACGCACCUGUUUCACGUUUUGAGUCACGCACCUGUUUUCGUUAAUCAUGUCUGUAGUAUUUAAGUUCAUUGUUUUCAGUUUGUCUUUCUGGUGACAUCCCACAAUUAUGCUCUGCACAUUUCUGACACUUGAUUUCAUGUCCAUCGUUCAUGCUGCUCCUUUUAGUCCAUGCCAAGUAAGUUUUGUUUAUUAAUGCUAUAGUCUUUUGGUUUCAUAGUUUGUUCUCCGCCACUGUGCGCGCUUUUCGUUUGUACUUUAUUUUGAUGUAUUAAAUAAAUCAUGUAUUUACAUUCCCGUCUCGCCCGAGCCAACUUUCCGUUGCAUUCCGGAAAAGCAAACACCCAG